UGUGCUGCAGAAGUUUUGGCCGCUUUGACCCCGUUAUUUUGUGUUGUCGGCGAUCAGCUGUAUUUGUCAGCUAAGAAUAGCUUCGCUUUUUGUUUAACAGUUUAACUGGCGCUGCAUCUACUGACUGACCAAACAUGGCCAACCGAGUAUGCUACGUGCAUUCACCGAGCCCACAUCAUAUCUUCAUUAGGAUGCGCGGCACAUCCUGAGGAUCCUGUGCGGGUUGCUGUCAACUUUGAACAAAGAACGAAGAUAGGGGAGCUCCAAUGGCGGAGAUAGUAGUCGCCGCUGUGGCCUCGUGCUCGGCCAGCCUGAUCACGCACCCCAUCGAGGUAGCCAAGAUCCGUAUCCAGCUACAAGGGGAGCUGCAGCCACCGAUGAAAGACAAGUCGGGGCGGAUGCGGCCCGUGUACCGUAACGUGCCCCAGGCGCUGUACACGGUGGCCCGCUACGACGGCAUCCUCGCCAUCUACCGCGGCCUACUGCCGGGUUUGGGGUACCAGCUGUUGGCGAACGGGCUCCGGCUAGGUAUUUUCCAGACCAUCGAGGACUUCGGCUUCACGAUGGACGAAAACCUCGAACCCAGCAUCCGGCUGAGUGCAAUCUCCGGCGGAGUGGCUGGCGCCAUCGGCGCGUUCGCCGGCUCGCCGCUUUUCCUUCUCAAAACACACAUGCAGGUGCACUGCGCCACGGCGUCCAUCGCGGUCGGUUACCAGCACGGCUUCAGGACGGCGAGAGAGGCCUUCAUGCAUAUUCACCGGACGCAGGGCCUGUGGAACGGCCUGUGGCGCGCCACCUCCGCCAACGUCCUGCGCAUCUCCACGGGCUCGGCGCUGCAGCUGUCCACUUUCAUCGGAUUCAAGACGCUGCUCAACACGGCCACGGAGGGCCGCGAGCGCUAUUUCUUCAUCAACACGGUGUUGGCGGCGCUCAUCUCUGGCCUUGUGUCGGCGCCCUUCAUCGCGGCCGUGGACGUACUCCGGGCACGCAUGUACGCGCAGCCGUCGAACGCGCGCGGCGAGGGCCUCUACUAUCGCAGCAUCUGGGACUGCGUGCGCAAGAUCAAGCGCACCGAGGGCCUGCGGGGUCUUGCCAAAGGUGCUGGGGGUGCUUUCCUCUACACGCUCACCACUUCGUCCAUCACGCUCAUCUCGUGGGACGAGCUCAAGAACGCCCGCAGGGAACGUCGCCACUCGAGGGAUUACUAUAUCGACUUCGGCUACCAGUGAUGCCCCACGUUACUUCUAGCCAGUGGUCCCGGUUAUCUGUAUACCUUUACUUUUUCCCCCGUAUUCGAGUCUGGUGGAAGACUAUUUAUACCAUGACAAGUUUGCUCGGGACUUUCGCGCUUCUUGUGGCAACACAGGCGUCCAGCUGAACCCGGUGUCAGUCAGGUACAGCAACGAUCAGAAGGCUUCCCUGGAACACAUGCAUACCUUGUUACUGCUCAUGGUAGAGGGAAAGAAGAGGCACUAGGCCAUUGCAUGCGUCUUUGGUCAGCGCUUUAUUGGCGCAAGUCAUGAAAGUCUAUAGUCAGGGACAGUUAAAGAAUGCAAACGACCCCCACGAAAGGUUCCUGGGUUUUCUUCUGCGUAGGAACAGGAGGCGCCCGAGUGUUUAGCAACCAGGAACACGCUGCGGUCACACUCCAUGCGCAUCAACAGCCAAUAGCGGCAAGUGUGGAGAACAGGAAGGCCACCUCACGUGUACAAACAGCGCACAGCUAGAACUCUCGAAAGUGAUUAUGUGUGAUAUGUGAUAUGUGACAUCGCCUAGCCUCCACGUAACAUCCUUGCACACAGUUUGGAGAGAGAGAUAGCAAAGAGAGGAAAGGCAGGGAGGUCAACCAGACGAGCGUCCGGUUUGCUACCCUACACUGGGGGAAGGGAAAGGGGGAACAGAAAGAAAGAAAGCGGGAUACAGGGAACACUGUCUGUGCACGCAGCAAAGUGCUUGGAAAUCAGUCAAGUCAAAGCAAGUGCUCCGUCGAUACGUUAGGCUGCCGUCAAUCUUGGUGGUUCAUAGCUGGUGAUGCACGUUGAAGUUACCAGUGAAGACCAAGGAUCCGGUGGGCGUCAGCAGUACGUUGCAGUACGUGGCAGUAUAUUUUUAAGCUAAACCCCAGCCGUUCUGACUUCAGUGUGAGUAUAAUGAUGCGGGUGAGCCAUGAUGCUUACUCAAGAGUUGCAAGUACUGAAUUGAGAGCAUCCAGCACUUGCAUUGCACUUCGCGCUGACGGAGUGUGCAGGUUAUUUAGGAGUAUUCGAAGGGUAUUCAUCAGAGACCGUAGCAUCAUAACGACUUGCCGGUCUUCUUCGGGCAAUUUGUCAGGAACCCGCGCUGUUCGCUCUACAGCCGUGUGCAGCUGUAUCACUUGACGUGGCUCCGGCUCGGGUUGUGGCAUCAGCUGCGGCAUCGCCUCCGGUUGUGGCAUCGGCUGCGGUAUCGCCUUCGGCUGUGGCAUCUCUUCCAGCUGUGGCAUCGGCCGUACCACCGACUGUGGCAUCGGCUGCGGCAUCAGCUGUGGCUUCGGUUGUGACUUCCGCUGUUUUUCUGGCUUUGGCUGUUGCUUUAGUAGUGAGGACCAAGUUGUAUUGUUCUCCGCCAUGGCCUUGUCCGAUUUAGAUUGAAUUGCCCCAGGCCUAGGGGGCAGAGGAGGGGGUGUUGUCGGAUGGGACGUACUCUUCAUAGAGGUAUCAGCGUCCUUUGAAGUCCGGCGGCGUCGGGAGCGUCGCUUUCUAACGGCCGCAACAGCUUCCCGACGAGACGAAUGGUCUCUCGCCAUCUGCUUCAACAUCGCCUUUUCAUUCUUCAUUUUGGGGCAGUCCUUCGAGGAAGCAUCAUGGGACUCAAGGCAAUUGGUGCAUUUGAGAACCGUGGCUGCACAAGAGUCUGCAGCGUGGGGCUCGCUGCAGCGUGAGCAAACUCUCGUGUUCUCGCACACGGCACUCACGUGUCCCAGCCUCAUACAAUUGCGGCAUUGCAGUGGCCUUGGGAUGAAUGGUCGCACAGGGUGUCUAAAGUGGCCCACCUUGACGUGCGAAGGGAGAGUCUCGCCCUUGAAUAUAAUUUUCACACAGCGGGAUGUGCCGAGGCGAUACACAUGUGUUAUGGCGACGCCAUCAACGGCAGGCUUCACUAGGAUCGGCAAGUCGGCGCUGGAGAUGGAGACAUCCACGUCGUAGAUGACACCAGUAGUUGAACCACUGUUCUGGGGGAUGUACGAGCGGAGCUUAACGCCACCUAGUUCUGUAGCUGUAGUCAAAUUUCUCAGCGCGGUCUCAUGUGUGACGUCGAUAGCUAACACAUUUUUUCGUGUGUUGACUCUAACGUCUGCUAUCUGAUUUGGCGCCACCGCUUCAAGUUGCACCGAUACGGACUGUCUGUUGAGUCGCCUCAGGUUGUCGGUAGCGAGUUCUGGUACAAAUAGAAUCGUACUGACUGCGGUAUUCUGAGUUGGUCCUACCGUUGGCGUGCUCGAAGACAUGGAUGUCCUGGUGGUGUGUCUUCGUUUCGCCUUGCGGCUCCGCACAAGCUCGAAGGCGUCAUUAGAGAAGUCCUCACUGCUGACCGAGUAGACGCUGGUGUCAUCGCCGUCGGUGUCGCUCUGGAGGCCGGUCCGCUUCCUAGACGCAGCCGCCGCUGAAGUCGCCAUUCCCGGCAGAGGCACGGGGACGUCAACUUGCAUCCGUACCACGAACCAUGCCGGCUCUCUAAAUAUGUACGCAGAAGUAAGGAAAAGACAGCUGAGCUAGAGAAAUAGCGUUCUGGCUCGCAGACACUUCGUCUUCGUCCUCCGCGGCAUUCCACACAGUUUGAGAGUACCACAGAAGAUAUAGAGCUGAUCCAAUUUGACAUGUAGGGUGCAUCGACGAACACCGUCCCUACCCUAGUAUACUUUAUCGAGCAAAGCGAAAGUGGGGACAUGAAUAGCAAGGAGAAAGGAGAGGGAAAUUCAUUCGAGGUGGUUUGCUACUGCAAUUAUAGGCGUUCUCUUUCAAGGACAUUUGCUGCUGUAUUCUCGACCAGUCAUUUAUUAUAGUGAAAAUGAUCCACGAAGGUAGUACGAACCUUAGCGCAAAACUCGGAUUACGUACGUAUCCACCAAUAUCAUUGUGCGAGAGCCAGCAAAAGGACUAACACGCAGUAGAGUGAUCUGACUACCGCUUCGCGCCUGUAUGUCAAGUAGCAGGGAAGAAAACGUCAUGGUCAUAAUACGCCCUCUCGAACUUCCGAUUCUGAAUAUUCCCUGUUAACACUGCUUGUUUUGACUGAGCGAGUCUGUUCUAGGCUGAACUAUUCCCCCGGCGCUCACUGCCUCUGGCGAUCCUGAGAUUUCACAAAACAAGACAGAGGCAGCGUGAAGCAUCUUAUAGUCUUGUACAAUGCUAGUUUUAGGCUAAAUGUUUCAAACGCAUACUGAAGGUUAGAGCGAGCUUUGAUCGCUUGGAGAGAAAGGUAUUGUUGCUGCGCUAAGUUAGUGGGUCUUUACUAACGGGUCUGUGCGCGUGAAUUGAAAUAUAACUAACGAACGAACUACUCAGAUAGCAGGUAGGUUUUGACACCAACUGCCGAAUCGCAGAAAUGCAUUGUCACGCUGAGAAAAUUAUUUAUGUCUGUGAGGAGAACGUGGAAGCCACAUAACUACAUAGCAUAAGCUUGCCUUUGUCCGGUUAACUUACUUGGUGGUCAUUUCAAUAGCAACCAUGCAGUAAAGCCGGGGCCUGAUGUCCGUGAAUUACGGUUACGAAGUAUAACUAAUCAAAACCGAAUACACAAAAGGCAAAAGGGUGAACCAGAAGCUCUGAGGUAUUUCUUCAUUGGUUCAUACUCUUUAGGAGCACUCUGGUUCAAUUCUGCUAACGCUAUUCCUUUAAUAAGUGGAUUAAAAAACUUUCUUCCUUAUUUACGCGCUACAUGCCGAGCAUUUUAACGCUACAGAGAUCAUAGAAAAGGUGGCUAACUGGAUUGCAGUGGUGUCGCGUUUUUGUGGAAGGCGACAGGGUUUUGCCUAUCGAUACCAACUUUGCUAACUUGCAAACCUCAUGUGUACUCAAGGUAAUGACGUCGCCUCCUUUCUGGUGACCAGUUACUGCUGUUCAGUGCGACUCGUGUGUGAAAUUAUCUCCGGCUUUGUGUGCGACGUAUUUAUUGGUACACAUGUGCAGCCCUUUCACAUAAUGGCAUAACUGCGCCACUGCUGUUAUAGCUCGAUCGUGCCUACUUACACGGCAAAAAAUCACAGGUACGUCCUUUAUAUUCCAGGAAUAAGUGAUUCGAUUCAGGAGAUGUACGAGAACGAGGGAGGGCGACUCUUUCGUAAGGUGUUAACGUUCUGACGAGAUGAAUUUCCAUCGUUUGACGAGGACAAGAAGAGAAGUCCUUUUGCGGAAACGUUUGCUCUGGACUGGGGUAUCUUGUUCACUUGUUCUCCCGUAUAUCCUCUGCAGGUCUCUAUCUUACAUAUACCGCUUACUAUACCUUGUAUUCGACGCAGUGGUGCGCUAAAGGAAGUUUAGUGGCAACAAAGCAACGCUAUCGGCACUACAACUUUGAAUAUGAACAUGCGUUGUUCCUUUCACAAGGUGCCUCUUUUCAUAUUAUUUUCCUGCCGUCUCAUGUGAAACAUGGUACAUGGUAAUCAUUUUCGUUUGGGCGCCUUUAUAAAACGGACACAAACUCUAUGUUCUGAACCUGUGCGGAGCGUCGCCAAGUCAUCAGCUUUCAGACACGGGUACACGCAGAAAGUUUCCGUGCGGAAUAUCCACUCCAUUCUUAGUGGAAUGCCCAUUCGUAAAUAUAUGUUUAAGUACGUACGUAUCUGAAAUUCAGCUUAUAACCACCUAGAGCAUAAAGGGGAAAAUUGUUUUGUUCUUUGUAACGUCAGGCCGAGCGCCAAAUAUUUCGCUAAGUCCUUGAUAAGUCCUUUUUUUUCUCCAUUGCCUGGGAAAAGUGGAUAACUUCAGUUUCAUUCGGAGUGCAAGUUGUGUAACUACUAUUUAAGGACGCAUUUGUUACACCAUUCGCCAGCAACAGGCGUUUCUACAUGUGCCACUACAUUCAAGAUUACAACACAGCAUAUCUAUUGGGACGUUUGUGUCAAAACUAGGGCCAGUUUGCGCGUGGUAUUGUGCACACCAUUUUUUUCGAGGCACUUCUCCUUUUGCGAAACUAUCUAGUUAAAUAGAGGCAUUGACGUACCUUGGAGAAACUAGUGUAGGUUUAUGCUUUGCGAUUUCUGUAUUUUCGCUGCAACUCUUCUGGCUUUUUCCUUGGGAAGUCAUCGGCGGUGGCCAAUUCACGAUGUAUAAGGCAGUAGCACUGAGCGAUCUGCAUUGUUCAGGACACAAUGCUCGCGUGGCAGGGAUUUCUUAAGGAUAAUCGAUCGCUGCGUGCACGAGUGUUUGUAUUGCACUGUCCGACUAGCGAGUGAACGAGGCCUGACGGCCAACACACAGCGAACACGCUUGGCCGCUAGAGCUUUCGUUCAUGCUCGUCUGCUAUUUUGGUCGCCCGAUCAGCUUAAGCUGUAGCUGAUGAUGCCAACCAGUUGCUUUGGCAUGGCGGCGGUUGGCGUGUUGAAUCUGCUAUAAUCAACGAACUACAAGGGUUCAAGUAUACGCGCCGGCUCUACUAAAACUGCACUGCGCCGAAGCCAUGGUCUGUCGAAGAACUUCAAUUUCUAUUUACUUCAUGGUGAUCCUAUACUAUAGCAGCUGACAUAUUCCUUUAUUUAUGUACUGGACAGCUGUGUGCGGUCCGGUGCACUGUAGCCAGUUGCUGCCAUAUGCUACGAAAUAGAAGUGCACGCUACGUAUUUCGGUAAAAGAGCAUAGCUUUAUGUUCGUAUAGUAUUCGUGGCCAGUGUCAAAUACACUUCUACAGAACAUCCACGCUAAAGGCCUUACUCGCGUUAUUAAGGUUCCUGCGGUCUGCGGGGCUACACGAUAGACAGGAAGAACGCCGCCCCUACCGCUCUGUAGAGUACGCGGUUUGGUCGUGCUUGUCUCUAUUUCUUUCUAUCUCUCCCCUUCCGAUCUCUUUCUCUUUUUAUCCCCCUUCACCCUUCCCCCGUGCAGGGUAGCCAACCGGAACUGCCUCUGGUUAACCUCCCUGCCUUUCUAUGCAUCCUUUUCUCUCUCUCUCUUUAGUACGCUUGCGCCUUCACCCAUUGUGAACUAAGGUUUAAAACAGCCUUAACUCUUUGUUGCAUGAAGAAAGAUUACACAUGUAAACAGUUCUUACUUUUAAUUUUUUAUUAAUGUGCAUACAGGGAAAUUCAAGAUUUUUUUGUGUGUAUGUGCUUGCAAAUGUUUAUUUCACAAGAGGCAGAAUGUCCGCCACAGUGAACAACAUGCGCACCAGCUCUAGAGAGUGUGGAUGCCGACAGCUUUCUUUUGCUCCAGCAGGUGAAGUUCCUGCCCUCACAUUAACAAACGUAAGCUUUAAUACAAAGUGUUUGGAGCGGCCCACGUUACUCUACGUUAUUGAAUACGAAAAAGCAGUCACUUUUGCCGGUAGUAGGCAAGUAUAGAUUGCAGUGGGGUAUCCAGUAAUGGGUAUUUGUUGGGGAGGGUGGAUGGGGGCACGCAUUUGGGUGGGGAGAGCGUGGCUGGGCAGGCGAGUGUUGUUUGUCGCACAUCGCUUUAUGCAACGUAUCCUGACAUGCAUGCAAUUCAGGGCAUUCCACGGCUACGUCCCUAAUACCUUGCAUUUCGCGCAUUUAUGUCGCCUCGCACUUGCCUACGUAGAUUUUACAUAUUUGUGCUUUGCAUUAUUUCUGAGGGGGAAAUGAUUGAAAUUGCCAUAACGCACGCAGCAUCAACUAAACUUGCUUUCACAAGCGUCAUUCAUUUCACUGUGGCAGGAGCUUCUGGUAACUCCUUCAGUUAUGUUUUCCUAUUAGCUCGCGGCAUAAUAAGAUGAGCAAAUUGUUAUUACAUGAAAAUAUGAGGCAAAUAUAUAUAAAAGAAAUUGAAAGUCAAAGGGGCAUAGACACUGCGCAGAAUUGCUCCAACGCACGUGUUGUUCCUGUCAUGCGUCGUGUCCACUACAGUGGACAUUUUAGAAUAUGUGUUCCGAAGAACUUCGUUUCACUCAGCCACAAUAUUUGCAGCUUUUGCCUCCGAAGGCUUCUUAAAUCACGUGCAGGCAAUUACAUGUACCAAACCGCAAUGUCACGAGAUGUAUAAGUAAAAGCGCGGGGACCCACGUGGCUAUACCCGCCGGAACAAUGGGAUCUUUGAAGCCGAGUGGGAGGAAACGGUAUAGUUGGUGGCACCGUACAAGGGUGGCUAUAGAAAAGUUCUGUUGCCCACUGAAAGUGACACUAUGCACAAGAGCUUCUCGGAAGCACUAGCUCCGAAAAUCGCUGAAAUUUGUCCGUUGUAGUGAACAGCGUGCAAGAAAAGGUUAACGGAAGAAGCUUCGAUGCCGCGAAUGUGAAUUGGUUCUGCUAUGCACUCGAAACUCGCAUUGUUAGUCGCCCUGUGGUGUGUCUUCAUCUGAUAUUGCUUUGGCUGAACGUGAGCAUGGCCUAAUGUCCCGCGCUGGGGAAGAAGUAGGCUGACUGCGAUGAAGCGCGUACCUGUCUUUGAGUGGUCGUCUGGUUUUACUAGCUUUAAGACACGCUUUUCAUGACCGAAUCACAAAUAAUGUGGUAUGAGAAUCUGAAUUCUGCGCGCAGCACCUGUAAGCGAUGUCAGAUCUCCGGCGGUAAACCCGAGAGUUGUUCCUAUAUCGGAACGUUGUUUAUGAAUUUAUUAUUUGUAUUUUUGCCGAGCAAUACAAAUACAGAGUAUUUUGGUAUCGAUACCUAAAAUAUGCGACGGAAAUCAUAUUUAUUUUAUGAUAUCGGCAAAGAGGGUGGACAGCGCACUGCGCUUGCUGGCGCCACCACUCCUUACGGUAGACGACAGAUCUCGUUUCCAGGCGUCACAGCAUUUUCAUUGUUGCACACAUGCACACGGAUUGAACGCAACUUCAACUUAAUUGUCUCACAAAGUUCGAAAACCUUCAUUCUUGCGAAAAAAAAGCUUUUCCAUUUCUCAGACCUAAGUGAGACUGAAACAUUCGCAGGAGGAAGUUUUGUCGGUUCAGAAGCGAUAUUCUGCCAGGAAAAAAAUGAUUAAGACAUGCAUGGUGGCUGGAAGAAUAUAGAUCACGUAACGACACGCAGUUGACGCCGAGCGUUCGGGUAGUACUGCAACCGUGCACGUCCCUUAGAUCGCAGAGACGACCUUCACAUCUGUAAACAACUUCACUUGCAAGCAGGAGCCAACGUUUCGACAAGUGGGCCUGUCUUCUUUAAGGCCUUGACCACUUGUCGAAACGUUGGCACCCGCUUUCACCUUGUUCUCGCUUUGCUCAUCGUCUUGAAUUUCCUUCUCCCGCCUUCCCCGUGUUUUCCCUUCACUUGCAAAGACAUUGUAUCUCAACAGGAACCGAGAGAAAUAAUCCCGGGCAAUGUCCACAGGAACAGAUGUUAAUUCCAAAUAUUAGACACCGAUGCCAAUUAAUCAGCAUGCAGUGUAAGUUAAAAUAAUUGUUCUACAUAUGUCGUCAGAUAUUCACCUUAAAAAAAUAUCUGUUAUGUUUUCUUCACGGGGAAAAAAAGAGGUUAAGGGGCCUAUUAGUCAUGUAUAUACUGAAUUAAUACUAAGGCAUUUAUAAAGUAAGGCAAGAAAGAGGAACCAGUUAUGACUUCAAGAGUACUUUAUGCAUUCACUGUUUACUGAGUCACCUGUACAAAACAACAAAAUUCAGUGGUGAUCUAGCGGUAAAUGCGAGAGAAAUGCGUUGGCAUUACGUCGCAGCUCUUUAAGUCCCGGAUCCAUGAUUGAAACCGCGUUCACCACAUUACAAACUGUUGUUCAGGAGCUCACUCGACGCACGUCCUGCCUCAUCGAGGAACGAAGUGUAACUGACGGUGGACCGGAGCAGACAGUUGCACUGACGUUGGUCUGCUCGUGGCAGGCUACCGCUGUCACGUGGCCGACUUCCUACGCUUGCACGCACAUACAUUUGUUUUCCGCUUUGACAGUACUGAUGCUAACGCAUUAAAAAAUACUGAAAAUUUUGCCGAAAGACAGAAUCUACAGUCACGCCACUGCCGUGCACCACGUGCCUUUAAAAAUUAUGAAGAAAGAAGAAAAAAAAAAACUCCUUUUUGACAGAAUGCUCAGCAGAUCAUGUGCGAUUAGAUAAAGCAUCAAAAUUGAACGCUACUUGUUUCAUGGAGCAGCUUACCUUUUACCUGAAAUCAGAUUGUCUAACUGGCUACUUGGUAUUCAGCAGCGGAACGCCAUAGCCACCGCGACGAGUGGGGGCCAUUUUGUGUCUUUGACUAUAGGACGACUAUGCGUCACUGGCUAUAAUAUACUGGCCGGAAAAUGAUGCAUAAAAGUGAGUGCCAGUUGCCCUAAAGCAUUAGUACGAUUAUUCUGUAUUACAGAAUGGACCGAAGAGAAACUCGACCUUCACUAAAGUGACGUUGCGUGUGCGUUCGCUCGGAAAGCGCUCACGUAAUCCCUGUUUUUUUUUUCUCUCUCUUAUUUCUUUCUUGGCGUCCGCUUUCGCAUUGUAACGGUUGUAGCAACAUGAACGCAUUCCCACUCGCCCAGUUCUCUAUUAGUGUGCGCAUACUGUCUUAACUACAAUAUACUUAUGUAACCCCACCCCACCUUUCUACUUGUUUCAACCGUAUUUUUUUUUUACCACAUAUGAAUCUUACGAUGACUUCGAAAGCAUCGUUAUUUCUUGUCUUUUCUCACGUUUGCCCUAUUCUUUUGUGACAUAAUUGCACUAUUGGUUGGUUCGACCCUUUUAAACAUGCGCAAGUUUUAGUUUGUCGACAGCACGUAUAAGAUGGACGCGCAACAAUUCAGCAAUACUUGAUUUGUUCAAUAACGUGCCAUUGACAAAACGUAGUAUUUACUCCUGAAGGAUUCGCUCGCAGGCUAGUUGGUACAUUUAUUUUAGUACUAAGUUUGUGCAGUGCAAAAAUGAACAGAAUGUGAAGGAAUACAAAACGACAUAGACCGGCGCUGCUCUUUAGCAUUGGCCUCACUUUGUUAUGCUAGAAGAGGUACAUAGCACGUAGGUGCGCGCUACGGAUAAGAUUGAUGGUACAGGCGGCGCCGGAUUAGUGCUACCGCGCUAGAGUCUGAUAGGCACAUAAUGCUGCCUCACGUCGCUACUUCCUCGCACGGGCUACUCUCACACACGCCCGAACACACGCAAGGAGUUACGUCACCCUUGGAUUCUGCCAAAUAGGCGACAAAACGACACAGUUUGAGCAAGUAUUCUGCCAAAGUAUCAGGGUUAAGGUCCAAGAACAACGCACCGCCUAAGACGGACGCCGUUGUUGGGGACGCCGGAUUAAUUUCGGUGGCGACGAGCGCUUUUGCAUUCCGUUCCCGUCGCAAUGCGCCCGUGGCGGCUGGGUAUCGAACGUACGACCUCGUGCUCAGCAGCAGAAUGUUGUACAGCCACUGAGCCACCGGAGCAGGUCGGCAAGUAUUCUGUCACAAUGCCAUGCUUUCACUUUUGCAGCGCGUGGCAACUUUCCGUAUUCGCGAUAUGCCUGCUCAUUUACGCGCGUUUGUUGAGACGAGUCGUUUUUGCGCCAAUUUACGAGUGACGCCGUUUAAACGUAGAAAAACUAUAGCAUAGCGCUAUUAUUUCUCGUCUUCUCCCCGGAACUAAAGCGGCCGAGGUUGACUGCAUUUGUCGCUGGCCUCUCGUGCCGCUUGCCUUGACAAUCUUGAUCUCACAUGCGCAGUACGCGCAGGCGCGCAACGUGAAGGCGAAACGUACGCGACUUCUAGACAGUGCGUAUGCGCGGCCUACGCUCUGGCUGUACUACGAUCCGCGUACUGGCUGUGCCAUGUGACUACGCCGCCGUGAAGCCACUGUAUGCUUUAAAACUUGGCCGCUGUAAUGUAGCGAUUCUUUUCCCUUGAUUCUGUACCUUUCUUAUCCACCGCUCAUGAACCGCCGAUCACAGUGAUAAAGUAGGCGGAGCGCCGCUCGUACCAUAGACGAAGGGCUAAAAGGAAAAUAAGUGGAAUAGGAUCGUUACAUUAUCCCGACCCUGGAUUCAGUACACGAAUGUGUAUUCAGAGGAGCCUCUCCAUGGUAUAGAGCUGCAACAGCACGCCAAAUGAUGGUGGCUAAAUAAAAAGUAAGUGAUUUCGUGGGAAAGCGUGAUAAUAGUUUUGCGUGUAUUUUAUCCAAGAAGAGCAUUCCGCCAAUGUCACAGCGAUGUUUUGUUCCCCACGAGUUUUCGUGCUACCUAUGCAAAGUAUAUUAUCUCGCAAGUUCGCACUUGUGUGAACCGAACUCUGCGCCCACGCACAUCAUGUGAUUGAGGAAAGUGCAUGCCGAAGUGGUUGCUGCCAUGCGAUCAGUGUUUUUGGAGGAAGUACCAAGACUCCAAGCAUUGCUCGAGCUUGAAACGAUCGAGCUGUCUCCGUGCGAAAAAUAAAGGAGUGUUAUGAAUGUUGUUUAUGGUUGUUGUAUUGUGUAACAAAAGGAAUAAACAAUUGCGUUACGAAAUU